ACAGAUUAAAAUCCACAUUGAUCACGUCCAUCGAGGCUUUAUCGCGGCGAUGUGUGAUGUGGGACACACGUAUGCGCGAUACAUGACUAUUAAUUCGUGCCGAAUUUGCAUCCGUUUCAAUACAGCCGGGAUAUUGACUCGUGCCGGAGGCUUUUGCUAGCUUUCACUACACAGCCAAGGUUGAGAACAGAAAUCGGGCACGGUAUAUUGGUCGCGCGUUCCUGGUGAAGAUCAACAAGUAGUAUGAACUGGUGGGAGAGAUCUCUGUUGUGUUUCCCGGAGAGGGGCUUGCUGGUGCGGCCUGGCGCGGGUAGAGAGCGAGGUCGGAUGAGUGGGGGUGCAUACGGCACGGCGCUGUACGGGCGGAGGGGGAGAAUUCCAGUCAGGCAAGCGAGUGAGAGCGAGCGGAGAGGGCGAAGUGUACGCGUUCUCUCGUAGCGUUCUCAGUCGGGUAGGCGCGUUUGCACGGCGUCGUUGGUAUAUACGGGCGUAUCGUGUCCUUGUUUGCGGGACGGCGCGCUCGGUGCAUUGACGGUGAAAUAUCGGCGCGAGUGUGACGUGUGUCUCUGGCUCGUUUUGUUUGAUUUUCGCGAGAACGUCGGAAGAAAAAUCAAAAGAAAAACACGAUGAGAGGCGUGUGUGUAAGUGGUGUAUAGUGAUCGUUGAAACUGAUCGCGCGUAGCAGAGUGAGAGCAGCCAUCGGUUUCGCAAGAGGAGGACAAUAGAGGAGGACUGCUGGUUCGCGGAAACGAAAACCGUUUGAGAGUGAAGACGACGGGACGACGGGGACCGUUGACGAUGAUCGAGAAAUAUGUCGGACGGCCCGGGGCGAGGCCCCGGUUUCUCCUCAUGCAACCUGUCUUCGUCAUCGCUGCCUAUUUGCUGCUCCACGGAACUCUUGCGACUGCAACGAGAUUGAGGCACUCGAGACACCUGGACGUGAGAUCGCAGUAUCAGGGCGAGGAGGUAUUAACGUCCAAUGGAAAUCACAACCACAAGCCGCUGUUCUCCAACUGCUCGAAUUAUGCGCCCGUGGUAAAGGAGGAGGAACCGGCUGGCACAGUGGUGAUCCAGGUGCAAGCCGAAGAUAGAGAUCCUGAGGACGAAGGAGGUACCAUUACGUACAGUUUCGUGACUGCUCCCGACGAGAAGCUGAAAUUCGAGAUCAAUAAUAAGACAGGUCUCAUCAGGACGACUCAGAUGCUCGAUAGGGACGAGCCCGCCAGAGAGAAAGAGGCUUACCUCACGGUACUCGCGACCGACAAUGGAAGGCCGCAGCUGGAUGACGUGUGCACAUUUAAGGUCACUAUCGAAGAUGUCAACGACAAUUCGCCCGUCUUCGAUAAAGUGGCAUAUACGGAAUCUGUGCCGCAAGAUUUACCCAUCGGCCGCGAAGUCAUGAGAGUUUCCGCAACCGAUAUCGACGAUGGCAACAAUUCCGUCGUACGAUAUAAGCUGUCACCUAAGAGACAGGAUGAUGGUGUAUACUUUCGGAUCGACCACGAGACCGGUGUCAUAUUCCUCAACAAAGUUAUAGACCGGAGUCCAGAUUAUAAAUUCAGUAUGACGGCCACCGCUAAUGAUCUUGGCGAAUAUCCAAAACCCCAAUUCAGUGUCAUUGAUCUUGACAUACGGGUUGUUGAAUCGCAUAAGAAAGCGCCAGCUUUUAUACCGAGGUCAAUGGAGCCAAUUAAACUGAAGGAGAAUUUCAACGAUUUUGAUGCCAGCAUUAUCAGUUUAAAAGCAGUUUCCAACAUUGACAACUCAACUAAUUCAGACAAUUCGUAUCUACUCUUUGAGCUUGUUCCUGGUAGAACGGAACAGACCAACAAGGGGAACACUUUCAGAUUGGAAUCCAACAAGGACACAGCGGAUAUCAAGCUCUCUCACACCCUGGAUUACGAAAGUAACACCCAGUAUUCGUUAAUAGUACGAGUACAAAAUAAGUAUCAGUUGGCCGCCGAAACGGUAGUCGAUAUCGAAGUUCUCGAUGUAAAUGACAACAUUCCAGUCUUCCGUGAUAUUAAAAAAGGAAGCGUGUUAGAGAACGAAGACCCAGGAGUUCCUGUGAUGCAGGUGCGAGCAAUCGACGCUGAUGGAACGUCCGCCAAUAAUCAGGUCAGCUACGAGUUGGAUAACUUUAAGGACCUCUUCAAAAUCGAUUCCCGAACUGGCAAUAUUACGACAUUAGUGACGUUCGAUAGAGAGAAGGAGGACACAUACAACGUCAAAGUAAUAGCAACGGAUAAUUCUCCGAGUGCUUUGUUCAAAACUGGCGAACACAAUAAAGGGCAACAGGUGUUCCGAAUCGAAAUUGCCGAUAAGAAUGACAAUGCACCUAACUUCACUCGAAAGGUGUACACCCAUAAUUCGAUUUAUGAGAACGCAAAUAUUAAUGCGCCCGUGACUGAAGUCAAGGCCAUGGAUGCCGAUACAGCAAGUCCUGUCACGUACAGAAUCAUAUCGGGGAACAGCGAAGAUAGUUUCUACAUCGAAGGCACAACGGGAAAGAUUCGCGUGAAAAAUUCGUUGGAUUAUGAAAAGAUCACCAAAUAUAAUUUGACUGUAUUAGCGUACGACGGUGUGUACAACGAUACGGCGCAAGUUGAGAUUUUUAUCGAAAAUGUUAACGACAAUCCUCCACUUUUCGGACAGUUCGAGAAAAAUCCGGAAAUAGAUGAAGAAACAUUAGUAGAUGGCUGUAUCACCACUGUGAACGCUUACGAUCCGGAUAUCGAAGAUAGGAGUGCCGACCAGCAUAUCUCCUACUUUAUCGUUAAAGACGAUCAACUACCUUUUAUAAUGAUCGACAAAUCUGGUUGUAUGAAGUUGAAGAAGCCAUUAGAUCGCGAUCCGCCGAAUGGUUAUUCAAUGUGGACUAUUAUCGUAAUGGCAAGAGACGAAGACGGGUCGACCACCGCUUUACAAAGUUUGGUAAUGGUUAACAUCACUCUCCAUGAUAUAAAUGACAACGCACCAUUUCUCGAUAUGCCUUACCCCGUUAUUUGGGGUGAAAACAAGGAUCCUAACAAAGUAACUAAGAUAACCGAGCUGAAGGCACGAGAUUACGAUUCUGAGAAAAAUGGACCACCAUUCAAAUUCCGAAUUGACGAUAGCGCGGAUGAUGAAAUUCUAUCCAAGUUCGAGAUCCGCGAAAUGAAUCUCCAUGCGCGAGUAAAAUUUGAUCGGGAAGAGCAGAAAAGCUACGAUAUACCGAUAGCGAUUACGGAUAGCGGCAUGCCACCAAUGACUGGUACUUCAACACUCACUGUGAUUAUUGGCGACGAAAAUGACAAUGCCAUGCAGGAGGGUUCGAGUUCUAUAUUCGUUUACAAUUACAAAGGAGAAGCUCCUAAUACAGAAAUUGGACGCGUUUAUGUUAAUGAUCCGGAUGAUUGGGACCUGCCAGAUAAAUCUUUCGACUGGGCUCCUCAUGUUUAUCAUAAUGAAUUUUAUCUAAAUGCUAGUAACGGCAUGAUCACUUUACUGUCGGGCACAUCAAAUGGCACCUUCGCAUUGAAGUUUAUCGUUACUGAAAAAGCCUAUCUUAUCGAUUCGCAUCAGGUAUACGCGUACGUGAACGUCACCGUUAAGGAACUUCCAGAAGAGGCUGUGGAGAAAUCCGGUUCCGUGCGAUUUUAUGGAAUAACUGCGGAACAGUUCGUAGAACCCGAUGAGUCUGGCAUUAGUAAGAAGGAAAUAUUCCAAGAGAAAUUUGCUUCCAUGCUAAACACAUCGGUCGAAAAUAUCGAUGUGUUCACUGUGCUUUAUUCACCUCAUUACAACAAUAAAAGUUUGCUCGAUGUCCGAUUUUCGGCACACGGCAGUCCGUAUUACGCUCCCGAGAAGCUAAAUACCAUUUUAGCGCAACAUUCGAAGGAAAUCGAAAAAGCGAUAAAGGCGGAUAUUCUAAUGGUGAACAUUGACGAGUGUCUAUUCGAGAAGAUUCAUUGUAACAAUUCGUGCCGUAAUUUCUUGAAUACCAGUACUGUUCCAUAUCCCGUUUAUACCAAUACCAGCUCGUUUGUCAGUGUUAGAGCGGUUAUAGAUCCGCAGUGUACCUGCACCGUAGCGGAACCUAUCGUCUGUUUGAACGGUGGUACACCUCUUGGAGAACGAUGCGAAUGUCCGCCUGGUUUAGAAGGACCGAGAUGCGAACUAUUGGGUAUCGGUUUUCACGGAGACGGCUGGGCUAUUAUGCCGUCGCCCGGUCAAGCUUGUGACGAGUCACAUUUGGGGUUGGAAAUAACGCCAUACGUGGACAAUGGGCUAGUAUUUUAUUUCGGUCCUAUAAAUUACAAUCCUAAACUUGGAAUUCAAGAUUUUAUGGCUUUAGAACUUCAGCAAGGCUUUGCUGUGUUAUAUAUCGAUUAUGGAACGGGAACUGUAAGAUUAGAUCAGAAACAAAUCAAAUUAACAGACGGCAAGAGUCACAGAAUAGACGUUUUUUGGAAGAAAACUUCUAUAGAGAUGCAGGUCGAUAAGUGCACCAUAUCCGCUUGCAUGAGUCUCACCGCACCGCAAGGAACCAAUGAAUUUUUAAAUGUUAACGGCCCGAUGCAAAUCGGUGGUACAUUGAGCAAUUUAGCGCACUUGUCGUCACAUUUAGGCUGGGAUCAUAAACCAACUAGUAAAGGAUUUGUCGGCUGUAUACGCAACAUGACAUUCAAUGGAAACACGUACAAUUUGGGUAUGCCAUCGCUAUCUAGAAAUGCAGAUCCCGGUUGCAAUCACGGCAUGGCGAAAGCCAUCUCAUUCGGCAUUGAUACGAACUUCAUAGUAGCCAUAUUAGUAUGCGUGCUAAUAUUGUUAAUAUUACUCGUGGCGGUAGUUGUUCAUAGAAGGAAAACGGACGAUUUGUAUAAGGAUAUGGAUGACAUUAGGGAAAAUAUUAUUAAUUACGAGGAUGAAGGAGGCGGUGAGGUUGAUACAGGAUACGACUUAAAUGUGUUGAGGGCUAUUUACGAUGCACCACCUAUCGAUUCGAAGAUAGCUCCGGUUGGCCUGCAGGGUCGAGGAGCCGAUGAAGUUCCAGACAUUUGUGGUUUCCUAGAUGGUAAGAAAGAAAGCUGCGACAAAGAUCCCGAUACAAAUCCAUUCGAUGAUGUAAGGCACUACGCUUACGAGGGAGAGGGCAAUUCGGAAGGCGAUUUAUCGUCGUUAGCAUCCUGUACUGACGAUGGAGAUCUAAAGUUCAAUUAUCUGUCGAAUUUUGGGCCAAGAUUCAGAAAGUUGGCAGAUAUGUAUGGAGAAGACCCAAGUGACGAAGAAAGUGACGGAGUCGGUGAACGAGAGAGUGAAAGUUGGUGUUGAGUUUUCUUAGCUGAUAACUCCGUAGAUAUAAAAUUUUAACGCAGAAGACGCACGUAGCUUGCAGAUUCGCUCUAGCUCGUGUGAUCCACGUAACCAUAAGGACAGGACAUACAUGCCGCAGGAUUUGCAUCACGCAGAUCUACGCGUUUCUACAGCCUUAAGUUCCAAUAAUGGGAAAGAAAGGAGGCUUUACUGUACUUAAGCGGCAAUCGUGGUCUCAUUCAUCGCUUCAGUAGUUCAUCAGACGAAGAGAUGAAGAGCGUUUAAUACGCCAUCCUAUCAAUGCGACGUGUAAUUACAAGCGUGAUUUAUUGGCAAACGGAAUAAACUUUAUCGUGAGUGACUAUAUAGACGCAAUAUAAAUUCCGUUUGCUCGCGAAAGUGACACGUAUCUCAUAUUGAUCCUUAAAAUGAAUUUUUAUAUCGUGUCGAUAAAACUUAGCGCUUUAUGUUAUAAUUUUACACUAGAAGUGAUAUAUGUGUAUAAGUGGGGCGAGAGAAAAUAGUGCGUUCACUGUACGUUGCGCGGAUAUGAACAUUAAAAGUUCUCGAUUAUCGUGUUCUCGUUGUAUGUAUUUCGACGAGUUGUUGGACAAUCGACAUUUUCAUGCACGGUUUUUUUUUUCAUUUUGGAUGUAAUUAUUUGAAUAUAAUUGUGACGUAUUGCAAUUUGACAUUUAUAAUAAACAAUGCCGUAUGAGUUAAAAGUAUCAAAAUAGAUUCUGCAAUAUAAAUGUUGUAUUAUGUAAAUAAUUUAAUGCUUCGUCGACUACGUCCUGUUCGAUGACUGAAUCAUUAUUGUUGAUUAACAGUAAAUGAUGUACGGAGAUAUUCUCGAGAUUUGUUAAGAUUUUCAAAAUAAAAGACAGAGAACUCGCAUAAGUUGA